UCCCUCUUUCUCCAUCCUGAGAGGGAAGGGGCUCAGGCAGCUGUCACUUAACAUGUGAAUGUUUUGAGGGCAGCCCAGGGGUCUUUAGAAAAUUCUUCAUUUUUUUUGCAUCCCUACCCCAUUUUUCAAGCAGAAGCAGCAUAGAGUUUGUGAGCCACAGUGCGACAGAGGAGGGGUUUUGUUGCAUGAGAAGGGGGGUAACGUGGGACCAACACAAAAGAGCUCGAGGAAGGUAGAGGGGGCACUUUGCCUCUGAGCUGAUUGGUCCAGGAACAACCUGGGCAGUGGCAUGGGUGAGAGUGCAGCCGCUGUGGUGGAGCGGUUACUAUCUGCCAUCCAUGUGAAAACUGCUCUUGGCUGGGAACUGUGGGAGUUCAGCUGAACCGUUGGAAUACAUUGUCUUCAUCUGGGCGCACUAUCCCAUCGGUGGCGUUAACAGGGAAGGAAUUCCUCUAUCACAGCUCCCACAACAAAGAAGAAAGGGAGAGGAGCAGAGCUGGUGGGAGGAGAAGUGAAGUGAAGGCAGGGAGGGGAGGGAAGAGGAGAGGAGGGGUGCACUGGGAGAGGAGGGCAUUGUUUGUCUGUGACUGUGGGCAACGGAAAAGCAUGAGUUAUCAGGACAUGUGUGUGUUUAGAAAGUGUGUUUGUAUGUGACUGUGUGUAAAAGACUGGACUUGUUGGGGGAGGGAGUGUGUGUGAGGGACCUACAGUAUGGGAUGUUGGAACUCUGAGACCGUUGAAAGGAUGCCCCAACAAAGCUGGAUUUUUUUCUUCUCCUUUCCCUUUGAAUGGUGAAUGAGGGUGAGCUGGAUUCCUCUACUCACGCUGCUGGGUUCAGCUCGGCUUCAGGGUAGCUGAGGAAUCAUCCGCUUGAAUGGCCGAGGGGCCUUACCUCGCCUAUUACCUCUCUAGCCUGUGGGCUAAAGGAUUAUGGGUAACCUCGUCAGCCGGCCCAGCUGCCUGGGCCAGAAAUCUAAGCAAGUGAGAACAGACGAGGGCUUCUUAAAGGAGUGCUACCAACGACGAAAGGAACGGCAGCCAGCCGAGAAACAUGAAGCAGUCAAAGCGGAUUACAUCGACAAACUCGGGGAGGAUGGAAACAAAGAAAAGGAGGUGGAAAAAGAAAAGGAGAAACAGGAAAUUGAAUAUAAAAGGGAAGAUGGUGCUCAUACUCCCAUUUCAGAUGAACCCCUUCAAAGCUCUCCUGCUUCCACAAUCAGAAGUAGCAGUACUCUGGAAAAUGCCUGGCACAACAACCCUUCUCCAAUAAAAACAUCUAGAAAUGGAACUCUAACAAGGAAGACAGUUCCUCUAGAGUUUGCAAGAUCUCCCUUGGCUCAUCCGGAAAAGAAUGCUGCAGACCGGAGGGCCAGUUUCCAGAGGAGGGACUCGAGAGAAGGAAGCCCCUGGUCCUGGAAGACCAUGGCAUCACGUGAGGUCACAGAAGUGACUGAGGUGACGGAGACGACUGUCACAGAAAUUGUGGAAGUGACAGAAUACCCACGUGGAGAUAAAGGAGGGAACCCCAUAGUCACCAGAACUGUUAGAGUGCUGAACGGUGUUGCAGAGGAACUCGCUGAGCUCCAAAGGGAUGGACACUCAGGUUCAGACCCAGAUGGUAGUUUGGAAGGAUGGAAGGGAACAAAAUCUGCCUUGGCUCUGAAGGAUGUGUCCACGGAUACAGAGACAUUCCUCCAGAACCUGGAGGCUUUGGUCACAUGGGUCAGUGAGAUUGAGGAGCUAACAGCCAGUCAAAAGCCUCCAUCUUCAGAGGUUGAAGUCAUCAAAGCACAGCUACAAGAGCAAAAGCUUUUGCAGCGCCUCUUGACUGACCGAAGGCGCAGUGUGAACUCCAUGUUGCUGGAGGGUCCUCGGUUGGUAGAGGCCCACCCAGGAGAGGAAGGAGAGCAGGCAAAGGUCAAGCUCUCCACUCUCACACAGAAGUGGGAGACCCUGCAGCUGCAGGCAGAGAAAAGGAGGGUGAAUCUGGAGCUUAUUCUGCCCAAAGCUCAGCAGUUCCAGGACGGCGUAGAACUCCUCCAACAGUGGCUCAUAUCUGUGGAGCAGACGUUAGCCGAACUACGAAACGCAGAGAGAGUGAUGAUGCACCUUUCAGAAGCCACAGAUAAGGCCAAGGCUGUUGUUGAUGAGAUUCAAGCCCAAACAGCUGAACUUGUUAAAAUACAGAAGUCAGCUGAUAAUUUAAUGGAAGCCAUUUCAGAGGAGGAAGCUCAGCAGGUACAGGAGAAGAUGGACUCCCUACGUAUUCGCUGCUCCGUACUCAGUCUGAGCAGUCUGGAUGUGCUUCAGAGGCUAGAGCAGGCCCUGGAAGCCUCCAGCCGCUGCACCUCCAGCCAGGAGGACCUCCACCUGUGGCUGGGCCGUAUUGAGAGGGAGCUCCUUGGAGCAGCAGGAGCUCAAACUCAUUCAGGAGAUGCGGUACUAUGUGCAGCUGAGAAACAGCGGCUGGAGCAGGCUGUGGUAAAAGAGAUGGCUUGGUUCAAUAACACGGCACUCAGUCUUGAGAAGCUAAAAACCACUGAUCUGGAUCCAAAGGUCAUAGCAGAUCAACUCAAUGAACAGAAGAUUUUAGCUGUAGAGAUUCUUCAGCACAAGUUCAACAUUGAGAAGAUGGUGAAGAUUGCAGAAAUUCUGAUGACUUAUAGUGAUGAAGGAGAAGCAGAGGAUCUUCAGACCACCGUGGAGGCUCUACAGGAACAGUGCAACACCACCUCAGCCACCAACGCCCACGUGGUUCUGCAGCUUGAGCAUGCUCAGUCGCUUCUCACCCAGUUCUCUGAGGGUCUUGCUGAGGUGUCUCCCUGGCUAGAAGAAACUCAGACUGUCGUUGGACAGCUCUCCCUGAGUACAAUCAGCUACGAAGCAUUCCGGGAACAACAUGACCUCCUGCAGGGUCUCAGAGAGUCCAUAGCAGAGCACCGGCCUUUGAUUGCGCGCCUAUGUGUCACAGCGAAACGCUUGUCGGAACUAAACCCAGUCCAGGGAGAUCGGUUCUACCAAAAAGCAGUGGAGGCUGAGGAGCAGCACAAAGCCAUCAGAGACUGUGUCAAAGAGACCGCCACUCUUCUCGAGGAGUCUUUACCACGAUUCACUCAAUUAAAUGAAAGGAUGACUCUCAUCAAAGAGAGUCUUGACCGCCUGUGUGGUCGCAUACAGACCCCCACUUCUCUUCAAGGCCUCACCCCGAGGAUCCAGGAGCAGCUUCAGGACAACAAACAAACCCUUGCUGAGCUGUCCAAGCUGGAGUUAGGUCUCAACAGCCUCAAAACUCAGGCAGAUGAACUGCUUGCAGACACCAAGGCAGCAGGGGAUGGAUCCAUUGGAACAGCAAUCCAGGGGCAAGUAUCCAGCCUGUCCCUUCUAUGGGAUGAAACAUAUAAACAGGCGCAAGAGAGGGAGAACUGGCUGCUCAAGGUCUUGGAUCUUUCUAUGAAGUAUUGGAGGGAUGUCAGCGAAGUGAUGACCGGUCUCAAUGACGCUCAACAGGCUCUAUUGGAUCUCAAUGCCAGUCAGGCAGACUCUGAAACAAUCUGCCAAAGUCUUGAAUCCAUGCAGCCUCUCAGGGAGUACAUAGACAAUUUACAGGGAGAUUUGGACAUCCUCGGGGUUCUUGGAAUGGACCUGAUGGUAGCAUGCGGGGAUACAGACAAACCAGAUGUCACAAAGAGCAUGGAUGAACUUUAUUGCACUUGGAACAACUUAAGCAAACUUUGGAGCGACAGUCACAAGAAGCUAGAGGAGUCGUUACAAAUGGCUCUGCAUUACCAAGACACCAUGCAGGGCCUGUUUGAGUGGUUGAAGUCAGCCGAGCUGAGAUCCACAGAGGAGUUCAUGUUAGGAACUGACCUGGAAUCAGUCAAGGAGCAGCUAUGUGAUCUUAAGGAAUUUAAACGGGAGCUGUACCAGAAGAAGAUCGAGAUGGAAAGUCUGGACCACCACUUUGUGUGUCGGCUGUCUCCUGGUUCAGAGCGCCCAGGCUCAAUCUCGCCUCUGUGUGACUUCAGACGGCGCUGGGACAGCCUAGAGACAGAGACUGUGAACAGACAGCAUCAGCUGGAGUGUGCUCUGCUGGGUUUGGGUCAGUUCCAGAACACACUAGAUGAGCUGCACACAUGGCUCUCCCGAACUGCUGAACAGCUACAUGCCAACCAGCCAAUCAGCAUUGACCUGCAAGCAUGUGAAAUAGAGCUGGCUAAGCACAAGGUGCUACGAAAUGAUGUCAUGUCUCAUGUCCGCACUGUGGAGUCUCUGAACCAGGCAGGCAGGAAGCUGCUGGAGACUGGCUCUGGGGACAGCCCAAACAGUCUGCAGUCUCAGUUGGAGGAGCUGAAUGAAAGCUGGGAGUUUGUUCGCUGUGAGACUGAACGCAGGCAGCUGGAAUUAGAGAACAGACUAAGUCAGGUGCAAGACGUCACCGUGGAGAUUCAGGACCUUCUUCAGUGGCUGGAUAACACUGAUCUGAGAUUAACCUCUUCCAAAACCAUGUGGGGCAUGCCCGAUUCUGCAAGUGAAAGGCUCAGCGUACACCUAGAGUUGUGCAAUGAGAUGGAGUCAAAGUUUCAUGCCUACACACAUGUGAAGAGUGCCAUCCACAGGAUGCUGGAGCAAAGCGACCUUGUGCGAGGGUCAUGCACCGAGCACAGCUUAUUCAUUCUAGAUCAAAAGUGGACCUCUGUUUACAACAAAGUACAAGAGCGCAAGGCGAAGCUGACAGAAGGCCUGCAUCUGGCCAAGGAGUUUCACAGCAGCGUGCAGGAAAUUCUAACAAAGAUGAAUGAGUGUGAAGAGUCUAUCGGGCAUCUUUCUCCUCCCAGCUUUGUUCUGGACACAGUGUCCACACAGCUGCAAGAACACAGGGCUUUGUUGAAUGAGGUUAACGCCUACAGCGAGAAGAAGACUUCUGUGGAGAACACAGGCCGCAUGCUAACGGAGCUGAGCAGGAAGGAAGACUGUGAUGUCAUCCAUAACCUAAUCAUGGCUGUUCAGGAUCGAUACAAAAAGCUCCACCAGCGAGCGUCAGAGAGAGGCAGGAUGCUGGAAGAGGUGAAAAAGAAUGUUAAACAGUUUAACGAAUCUUGGCGGCUUCUUGUGGAUUGGAUGAGUGAGGUGGAGCAGACAUUAGACACUCAUAAAGAGAUUGCUGCGUCCCACGAUGAGAUAAAGCAACAACUAACUGAACAGAGGGAGUUUCAGAAACUGCUAAGACUGAAGCGACCCAUGUACGAGGCCACAAUGAAGAGUGGCCGCAGCCUCCAUGAACGAGCCCAGAGCAGCCGUGAUCGGCAGCAUCUGGAGAACCUGCUGGCUGAACUCAAGGACACAUGGGACACCAUCGGUGGCAAGUCCAUUGAGAGACAACAUAAACUGGAGGAAGCGCUGCUGUUCUCAGGAAGAUUCACUGACGCUCUGCAGGCGCUGAAUGACUGGCUCUACAGAGCAGAGCCCCAACUGGCCGAGGAUGUCCCUGUUGGUGGAGACAAAGACACCAUCAACAAUCUCAUAGACAAACACAAGGCCUUCCAGAAGGAGUUGGGGAAACGAGCUGGAUGCAUAAGGACCCUGAAGCGCUCUGUGAGAGAUCUGACCAGGAGCAGCACUGCAGAUGCUCACUGGCUGCAGGAGCAGAUGGAGGAACUGGGGGGCCGCUGGGAGGCCGUGUGUACACUAUCAGUCAGCAAGCAGGACAGGCUGGAGGCUGCGCUUCAGCAGGCUGAGAAGUUUGAUGCUAUUGUUCACUCUUUCAUGGAGAGGCUCACAGAGGCAGAGAGGAUCCUAAAAUACGGGAUCAUACCCGAGGAGGAGGGUGGUUUGCGUUCCUUCCACAAGCAACACAAGGAGUCACUGGCUGCUUUGCAGACUCAAGAAGCAGAACUAGAGAACAUCCAAAAUCUAGGUGAGGAGAUUCUGGCCUUGUGUCACCCAGACUCAAUAAUAACGCUCAAAUCUUGGAUCAGCGUCACUAAGAUCCGCUAUGAGGAGGUUCAGACAUGGGCCCGGCAGCAGGGCCAGAAGAUCCAGGCCAACCUGGCAGCUCUGGAGGCAGAAAAAGAAGAAGUCCAGAGACUACUGGACUGGAUCUCAUCAGCAGGGGAAGCUCUCAACCUCAAAAAUCAGGAGCCUCUACCUGAGACCACAGAGCAGAACCAGGAACUUCUUCAGCAGCACACGGUGUUCAUGGAGGAAUUGAACAAAAAGUUCUCAGAUGUUGAACAAGCCACACACUCCUGUAAACAUAAAAGUAGUCCCAAACACCAGGUUUCCCCGAGCAAGCGCCCACUCACAAAGAGGAGAAGCACCGUGAAGCUCCCACCCAUCAUUCCGGUCCCCCUCGAACACCUGGACCCUCAGACCCCUCAGCUCAGUCAGCUGAUCAGUCAGUGGCAGAAACUUUGGCGCCUGGCUGCGGCGAGACAAAACCGCUUGGAACAACAUCAGCAAAUGCUCAGAGAGAUGGAAGAAUUUGCUAACUUUGACUUCAAUAUUUGGCGAAAGCGUUACAUCCAGUGGAUUAGUCAUAUGAAGUCUCGGAUUUUAGACGUGUUCCGCACCAUUGACCGGGACCAGGAUGGACGAAUCAGCCUGAAAGAGUUCACUGAUUAUGUCCUUGCAUCCAAAUUUCCAACCAACUCUCUGGAAAUGAACGCAGUGGCAAACAUUUUUGAUUUGAACAGUGAUGGCUUCAUUGACUACUAUGAGUUUGUCAGUGCCCUCCAUCCCAGCAGAGAUCCCUACAGGAAAACACUGGAUGCAGAUCAAAUCAACGAGGAAGUCAGCCGACAGGUUUCACUUUGUAACUGCCCCAAGAGAUUCAACGUGGAGCAAAUAAGUGCCAACAGAUAUAGAUUUGGAGAUUCCCAACAGUUGAGGAUGGUUCGAAUCCUGAGGCACACGUUGAUGGUCAGGGUCGGAGGAGGCUGGACUGCUCUUGAUGAGUUCUUGGUUAAGAAUGACCCUUGUAGAGUAAAGGGUCGAACCAACCUCAAGAUCAAAGAGAAGUACUUGUCGCCGACUGGAAACACUGCUAAGGGUUUGGCUGUGAGCAGAUCCAACUCAAGCCUCAGCCUGUACAGCAGUGCUUCCGCUCCCACCAGCCCCAUGACACGGAAAGCGUUACUCCGCAGAAGCUUCUCAGGUGACCGGUGCCUCCGUCCGAGGAGCUCCAUAGCUGCUCUGGACUCUGAUUUGCAGUUUGUCCCAACAGGGGAGGACAACUCCCUCUCUCCCCCAGAUGAGGCUGAGAGGUCACCCACAUGAUUACCUUUGUGUCUGAGCACCUCAUGUAUGAUGCAGCACCAGAGCCAAGCCCAGCCUUGGAGCAUCGGAGAACAUAGAAAAUAAGGAACAGGGUCCAAGAAAGCUCUCCAACAAUGGCAGCGAAGGGUCUGUAGGAAUCUGUAUGAAGAGUACAUCUUUGUGUGGACAACAACCGGUUGAAUGAUGGGUUGAAUAUUUUACUCCAAUAGCAUAUCACAAAUGUACCUGACUGUGUAGAAAAUAGGACGAUCUGCAUGGAUACUUGAUGCAUGGUAGCCUUGCUUUGUGAGUUGCUUUUGUUGAGCUUGAAGUUUAAGCUAAGGCAGACACUAAACAUACAGCUAGAACUCGCAUAGAUGGCAUGUGGAGGUGUUUUGCUGUCUGACUGUCCAAACAAAGAACCCACACAUACCAAAACCGUGACUGCUACAGUGUGCUGUCCUCGUGUGUCCUUCAUGCCAACGGGGUUGUUGGCAGGCCCGUGUUGUUUUUGACUCUUUUUGUUCUACGCGCUGGGCACACAUAUUUUCUAUUCAAUGACAUUUUAAACACUGGAGAUUGUGAAAAGAAAAAUGCACUAAAACUCGACAGAACAUUGUUGAGUUGUAGAGGUUUAUUUUCUCAGGACUGGUUUCGUCUUUGGAUGGAUGUAUUUCUGUGGAACAUUACUGUGAACAUGUAGACAUGCUGUUCUGUUAUUUAGGAAACUCAAACUUCUAGAAAAUGUUUUUCUUUUAUCACUUUUUCAUGAAUAUGCACUUUUUGGUGACUGACUACUGUAUAUGUUUGCUUUGUUUAGACUGAAAUUUGACAGUGGACAAUAUUUGAAUACAGUUCAAACCAAACUGUAUAUUUGCCUGUGUUCACAAAAAUGUUUUUAAUGGGACUGCAUUGAGGAUGAUAAUGAAUCAUUUUCCAUUUUGUGAAUGUCUUUUUACUGGUUUUGAUUCAAAAAUGUUCAUUCCGUUCUUAUAAAAUGUCACUCAACUUUUAUGAUCCUGGGAAGAGAGAAAUAUUCAAUGUUUGAGCAGAAAGCUCCAUUUUCACUGUUGAGGCCAUUCAAUAAGCUUUUUGUUUUAUACUCUGUUGUUUCAUUAUAAAAUUAUAAAUGCUUCUGAAUGUAACACUAGUUCUACCUGAGGUCAAAAAUGGUUGCUUAUUGAAUUUUCUUUAUGCACUCAUCAAAAUGAUCUUUUUUUAAGGUUGAAAAUGUUUUUAAUCUGUUUGGUAGAUUUUACUCUUCCCAUAUUUAGAGAACGAUGAUAUUAAACCGUUUUCUACAAAGGCAAAAGACAGAUUUUACUUCCAUUGCUAUGCAUCCUGCUCUUUCUGUACUGUAAUUGUCUCUGGCCCACAUUCUGAUGUCACAUUUAGCAGAAUCGUAGAAGAAUGACUUGUAUAAACAAAAAGGUUUUUGUAAUAAAGUCACUUGUAUUUGUGAUAACUUUUA